AUGGGUCGCCGCCGCCGCCGCACCGAGACCGACUCGAGGUCCAAUUCCAAUCCCAAGACCACCACCACCACCACUCCGACUGCUACCGCAUCCUCCUCCACCACCACCACCACCACCAGUGCGCCCGCCCUUGACGACCCCCUCCGCUCGUCUGCAGGUGCUGCCCCCAAGGCUGAGACCAGGGUCGCCGCCGGUGACUCGAAUCUGCAACGCCCUCUCCAGGAUUGGCAGGCGCACCACCCCGGCGCCGAGCCUCCCCAGCUGCAAGCCCUGGCAUCCGCCGCCGACUCGUCCACAUCGCGAUCCACUGUCUCACACUCCCGACCUCGACAAGCGCCUUACGCGACCCGCCAGAUCCAACUCCCUCCCGACACGCCCGCGACUACAUCUUCCCAUCAUGCCCGCUCGACCCCCGGACCUGCCGAGGCGAUAGCACUGGAGGAGCUGCCCCAGCCCCAAGCUCCCUUGGCCCUCCACGUCGACGACAUCCCCGACGCCGACGACGACGGUGGCGACGCGAUGGCGGCCCCCAGGAGGAAGCGGAGGCUUCCCUUCCUGCUCUCCGACGACGCCCGCGACUCCUCGCCCUACGGCUCCGUCUCCGCCACCCCGCGCCAGCAGGGCUCGCCCCCGGACAGCGACAGCGAGUCCGACAGCUCCCAUGACUUUCGCCAGAGUACCAGAAGCCGCCGGAGCUUGAGCUCCAAGCGGUCUGGCCUGUCGAAGCAGUCGUCGCGAAUGUCCGAGGAGCUCGAUGGCGCCGCUCUCGUUUCCGGCCUAGACGGUCGGUUCGGCCUGGGAGAGGCACCUUUGCCCGGCGACAUGCUGGACCAUGCCAAGGACGAUGACUUGACCACCGACGACGGCCUCCCUCUCGACCAAGAUCGGUCAGACGAGUCCGACCACGAAUACCUCGAAAACUCUCCUCACGAAGCCGUUCGGGCAUCCGUCUCCCCGACCGACAACACCACGCUUUCCAUAAACACCCCUCGCAUGUGGUGCCUCUCCGUCCUCUUCUCUAUACUCGGAUCGUCCACGAAUCUCUUCUUUUCCCUGCGAUACCCUAGCGUUGCCAUUACACCUGUCAUUGCCUUGCUUCUCGUCCAUCCCCUGGGCCAUCUGUGGGAUAUUCUGCUUAAAAGGCCAUAUGAUCCCGAUGAGGAAUUCAUCGAGGGCGUCCGGACACCGUCCAUCAUCGAGCGCGAGGACCCGAUUCAGCGCCAUCGGCCACCGAAGAAGCUCGGGUCAUGGCGGUUGUGGCUCGCUCAGGGGAGAUGGAACGAAAAGGAGCACACGUGCGUGUACGUGAGCAGCAACGUCGCCUUUGGCUUUGCCUUUGCGACCGAUGUCAUUGUGGAACAGACGCAGUUCUACAACCAGGAGGCACCUAUCCUCUACCAGCUGCUCCUGACCAUAUCGACACAGAUCCUCGGCUACGGGUUCGCCGGCAUCACCCGCCGAUUCUUGGUGCGGCCGAGCGGCAUGAUUUGGCCAGGCACGCUCAUGUCGGCGGCCAUGUUCUCGACCCUGCACAAGCAGGACAACAAGCCUGCCAACGGCUGGACCAUUAGCCGGUGGAAGUUCUUCUACAUCGUCUGGACGGCCGCAUUCGCCUUUUACUUCCUCCCGGGCCUGCUGUUCCCCGCGCUCAGCUACUUUAGCGUCAUCACCUGGUUCGCGCCCAAGAACGUCGUUCUUGCGAACCUGUUUGGCGUAACGUCGGGCCUGGGCCUCUUCCCCAUGACCUUUGACUGGGCGCAAAUCACUUAUGUCGGGUCACCACUUCUCGUGCCGUUCUGGGCCGCCAUGAAUGUCAUUGGCGGCCUGGCCAUUGUCAUGUGGAUCAUUGCGCCCAUAUUCUACUACUCAAACGUCUUGUUCUCGUCAUAUAUGCCCAUCUUAUCAGCAGGCGUGUUCGACAACACGGGCAAGAUCUACGACGUCAGCAAGAUCCUUACCUCAGACUUUCUCUUCGACAGAGAAGCGUACUCCAAGUACAGCCGCGUGUUCCUGCCCGUCACGUACAUGCUCAGCUACGGCGUGCAGUUUGCCGGGCUGGCCGCGCUCCUCACCCACACGCUCUGCUGGCACGGGCACGACAUCUGGCGGACGUGGAAGAAGGCGCUGGAGGAGGCGAGAGAGAACGGCAAGCCGGAGUACCAGCCCGUCAACGACUCGCGGGCGGCCUCGAGCGGCUCUCUCGGCAGCGACACGUACACGCGCAUGUCUGGAUCGGUGCCAAACAUUGACAAUCUGUUGAGUCGCGAGGAUGUGCAUUGUCGGUUGAUGAGAAGGUACAAGGAUGCCCCGGUGAGCUGGUAUCUCUUGACCUUUGUGUCGAUGACGGCGAUUGGCAUGUUCCUCGUCGAGUACUACCCCGUGCACCUUCCUUGGUACGGCCUCCUCCUGUCGCUCGCCAUCGGCGCCAUCUUCUUCAUCCCCAACGGCAUCAUCAUGGCCGUCACCAACCAGCACAGCAGCAUCUACCUCAUCUGCCAGCUCAUCUGCGGCGUCGUGUUCCCCGGCCGCCCCAUCGCCAACAUGGUCUUCGUCACGUACGGCUACAUCUCGUCGGCGCAGGGCAUCAAGUUCGCCUCGGACCUCAAACUCGGGCACUACAUGAAGAUCCCCCCGCGCAUCAUGUUCUCCGUGCAGGUCGUCGCCACGCUCGUCUCGUCGGUCACGCAGAUUGGCGUCCUCAACUGGAUGUUCGCCAACGUCAAGGGCAUAUGCACCUCCGAGGCCGUCAACGGCUUCACCUGCCCCAUCGCCCGCGUCCACUUCAACGGCUCCAUCCUAUGGGGCGUCGUCGGCCCGGGCGAGUUCUUCGGCCCCACGGCCAUUUACCGCGCCCUCGUGUGGUGCUUCCCCCUCGGCGCCGCGCUCCCCAUCCCGCUGUGGCUCUACGCCCGCAGGCGCCGCGGCAGCAUCCUGCGCAAGGUCAACCUGCCCGUCAUCUUCGGCGCCAUGGGCUGGAUCCCCCCCGCCACGGGGCUCAACUUCUCCGUCUGGGCCCUCGUCUGCUUCUUCUUCAACUACCUCGUCAAGCGCCGCGCCAGCGCCUGGUGGGGGAAAUACACCAUGACCCUGUCCGCCGCCCUCGACUCGGGCCUCGCCUUCGGCAUCGUCAUCGUCUUCUUCGGCUUCAUCUACCCCGGCUGGAUGAAGGGCUUCAGCUGGUGGGGCACCGAGGUCUACAAGCAAGGGUGCGACUGGCAGGCCUGCUCGUAUAGGACCGUCGCCGACGGCGAGAGGUUCGGCCCAGACACCUGGUAG